AAUACAAUUUGUUGUUGUUGUGUUGUGUUGUGUGUGAAUUUUGUUGUGUGCGGCACCGCCUCGAAAAGUUGUGAAAAAAAGAGAGCAAUUCGAUUUGAUUUUGGAUUGGGGAUUUUUCGGUUUUUACGUUGGAUCGAAGCGGCAGAGGAGCGGCAGAGGAGCAACAGAGGAGCAACAGAGGAGCGGCCGAGGAGCGGAUUGGCCACCAAUCGAUCGAUCGAUCGAAGCGGCCGAGGAGAGCCAGCAUCGGACAAGCAUCGAAUAUUGAAAAUCUCCGCGUAGCCCGGCAACAUGCAACAAGCUGCAAGCUGCUUCGCGUGCCUUUGGGCACUGUGCCUGCUCCUGUGUGGUGUUCGGGCACUGCCCAACAUUCAGGGCAACAUUGCCAGUGCCGGCAAGGGGGCCAACUAUCUGCAGCAGCAGCUGGACAAGAGCUUCUUUCAGCCGCCAGAGAUCGAGCAGACGAUCGAUGAGGUGCAAAAAAUAUUGGCCAAUGACCCGGCGCUGCCACGACUGACACGCGGCGAGAUCGAGGAGCUGUACGAGAAGGUGACACGCGAGGAGUACGAGAAGAGCAUCGAGGCGGGGGACAUGAGCCGGGCGGACAGCAUGCGCGCCCUGAUGCUCGUGCUGCCCUUCAACACGGACAACAACACCGAGGAGAAUCUGCAGGAGCUGUACACCCGGCCACCCGUCACGCGGGUCAUCGAUGCGUACACGCCCCCCGACCCGAUCAAGUUCCUCACACCCGACCCGAACGCCGUGCCCCGCAGCACGGUGCCCGGCGGCAAUCCCCGUGUGGCAGCCACCACCUACAAGCCGGCCUAUGCCGGAGCACAUCUCUAUCCCGCUCAGUCGCAGAUCAAACUGCAGCAGCAGCAGCAGCAGCAGCAGCAGCAGCAGCAGCAGUUCCGGCCAAUGCCCUCGGCCACCACUUACCAUCCACCGGCACCGCCUCCAGUGAUGUACCAGGACUUCCAGCCGGUGAUUUCCACACCAGCCGCAGCCGUAGCCGCAGCCGCAGCUGUGGCGGCUGCUCCUGGCGGUGCCUCCAGCUCGCAGCGUUUCAGCUCCCAUUACAGCGCGAAGAAUGCGCAAUUCCUGCGCAAGCGGCAGCCCACAUCGAGCACGGUGAAGCCCGUGGCGGACAUACUCGAGAGUCUGGGCAUUGUGUCCGGCCACCACGUGAGGGAGGGGGACUCCACCCACAAGCGGUAUGCCAUGGACGACUACUAUCCCGCGGAGAGCGCGCCGCAGCCCUCGGUGGUGGCAGUGGCAGAUCUGCGCGGCCUGCAGGGUGCCCGCAUCCGGCCGGACGCCUACUCCAACUUCAAGCCCCUCAACAUUGGCGAGGAGCUGCGCGCACAGCCCGAGGUGGAGGGCUAUCUGACGCGCUUUGGCAUCGUCAAGAAGGCACCCAAGUCCCUGAAGAAGAGCGCCGCGCCCACGGAGGAGCCGGCGGGUGCCCACACGGAGCUCUCAACGGCCACGGCACGGCUGCCACCGCAGACCAAUGCGGAGCUGGCCAAGCUGCUGGAGAAUCUGCAGGAGCUGGAGCGGCUACAGACGCAGCCGAAAAGGAAGCAGGCAACAACCAGCACCAGCACAAGCACCACGACAACGACCACAACGACAGCAGCGCCAGUGCAGCUCAUUACCCAUGGGGAGCCGCUGCUCAUUGAGGCCAAGAAGCCCCGGAGACGCAUCGAUCCCAAUAUUGACAUCAAUUUUGCGAAUGCCGGCAACCAGCAGGCGACGGGCAGCCGCAACGAUGAGUUGUCCAAGCUGCUGCAGAAUCUCCAGGAGCUGGAGAAGCUGAAGAUCAAUCCGGAGAAUGUGCUGAAGGCAACCAGCAGCAGCAGCAGCAAUCCGGGUGUGCAGACACUAAGCAAUCGUUUCUCUUCGACAAUCACCAGCACCAGCACAACGACUCCUCCUCCUCCUCCUCCUCCUGUAACGCCACGAACUACACCAGCCAGCGGAGACCGCGAUCUGCAGUUGAUUCUGCGACAGCUGCAGCAGCUGGAGCGAAUGAGAACGCCAACGACCAGCAGCAGCAGCAGCACCACCGUCAAGCCUAGACCAGGCCUAGAUCUGGGUUUGGGUUUGGGUUUGGGUUUUGGCCACAAUCAGGGCAAUUCCCUGGGCGCCGCAGACCUGCUGCAGCUGCAGCGUCUCCUCAGCGACGAUCGGGAGCUGGAGAAGCUCUACGAGCAGGCAAGAAGCGCCAAAAGGAAGCAGCCAAAGAGCACCACGAGCACCACAACGAGCACCACCACAACACCGAGAAGCACCACCACCACCACCACCAAGGCAGCAGCGGUGGAUCAUGCACAGUUCGAGGCGCUAAUCACGAGGGUCCAGCAGCUGGAGCAACUGCAGCAGCCAAAGCCCACGACCCCGAACUUUCUCACCCGAAAUGUGGCCGGAUCGGAGGCAAUUGCAGGAGAAGCAAACCGAAACGGGGACCUUGGCCUGGCGCUGCCCAGCAUCGACUUUGCCCAGCUGCAGCGGCUGUCACCCACCACGACGACGCCGUUUGCCCAGGUGGAGAUCUCCACGGCAGCCUCCACAUCGAAACAGCGACCGCUGAGCCACUUUGAGCGGAGCAAUGGACUGCUGCAGGAAGUGCAGCCGCAGGACUACGUGCAGCUGCAGAAGCUGCUCAGCAAGGUGCAGGAGCUGGAGCGAGUCCAGCUGCAGACGGUCCAGCACCAGCCGCAGCCACAGGCACAGCCACAGCCACAGCUGGCCACAGCCGCCUCUGUGCGCACACCGAACGUCAAGAGUCUGAAUGGAGCGCACAUCGUGUAUGCCCAGUCCGUGGCGGACCAGGAGCAGGAGCAGGAGCCGGAGCCGGAGCUGAAGCUGGACCUGCCAGUGUACCAGAAGCCAGCAGCAGGCACAGCUCAGCAGAGCUCCAGCGAGGAGCUGCGCGAGUUGGCCAUGUCACAGCCGGCACAUCCGCAGAGGGGAUCCCUCGCUGACCAGGACUUUGGCCAGCAGUUUCAGCAGUUCUUUGGCGGCCUGGAGGACACGGGCGAGCGGCAGAGCUACCAUCACAUGCAGCCCAUCUACAAGACGCCCACGGCGACGCCCACACCACAGCCGGUGAGUCCUGCAGCGCCGAGAUUUGUGCCCGCAAGGAGAUCCCAUCCGACGACACCCGGCCCCCGGCAGGCGGAUCUCGAGGAGCUGCAGAAGCUGCUGUACAACACCCAGCAGCUGCAGAAGCUGGGCGUGGCCCUGCCCCAUGAGCUGUCCCAGCAGCUCGAGAGUCAGCUGCAGUCCACGACGACAAGCACGACGACGACGACCACGACGACCACGACGACACCAGCACCACAGCAGGCAGUGGACUCCUCCUCGCCGGCUGUGUUCUCGCUGACAACGAUCAAGCCAGCCUCGCCGCGGCCACGACGCCCAGCGACUCACACGACGGAGAGCAGCCUGGAGCUGCCGGUGUUCAGUGCCACAAAAAUCAUUGAGGCAGCCAUCAAGCGAGCGGCCAACCGGAUUGGUGUGUCCACAGAGCAGCCAAAGCCACUGGGCAUGGGCAUGGGCAUGGGACAGGGACAGGGAUUCCGACGACGCAGCGACGACGAGGAUGCAGCGGCCGAAGAACUGGACACGGAGGAGGGUGUCCUCGACGGCGACCUCAUGGCCGAGUUCAGUGAACUCAACUAUCAGCUGGCCAAGCCGGAGCAGGUGGCACAGCCAGAGAAGCGGGAGACGACGAACCUCAGCGAAUUGCAGCGUUUGAUCAGCAAUCUGCAGGAGCUGCAGCAGCUCAAUGUGAGCCUCGAUAAGGUGCAGGCACAGCCACAGCCACAGGUACAGUCACAAUCCCAGGAUGCCGCCUACCUGCAGACGCUGCAGAAUGGCCAAAACAAUGAAACCCUCAAGUCGAGGCGUCAAAGUGAUGCCAGCACUAGCACAGAGAAAGUAGAGGAGACCAGCAGCAGCACCACCCCAGCACCGACACGUAUAAGCCUGAGUCUGGGACUGGACGAUGGCGACAUGGACACUGGCUCUGGCACCAUGGAGUCAUCAUCCGUUCAGCCAGCCGCUGGGGAGUCUGACAACACAUAA